AUGCAUAUCGACCUGAGCACCUUGAGGCGCCUCCUCUCUCCCGGUCCCAGCGGCGACGAGAAGAGAGCGAAGCUCACCCCCAGGGAGCUGGAAUCUAUCUGCAAUUCCUUCGACGAGUCCCUCCUCUCUCGCCUCCGGGCCCUGAGCCCUACCUCCGUCAGCCUUGCCUGGCUCUCCUCUGCCGUCGACGUGCUCACCUUCGCUCAUGCUGCAGCGAAACCCUUGGUACCUGACCUUGAAUUGGACUACGGCUAUGGCCUGUCGUCGUGGUAUUUGGACAACAACCUAACGGUCCUGAAUCUCUGCAACCACAUCUCCUCCGAGAUUCAGCGACUGUGCCUCCGCCGACUGAAGCUGAGGAUCGCGAUUGAGUUCCUUCGCUCGGACCGCAACCCAUCGGAGGAGAAGAUUCGUCAAGCGAGAAAUGUGCUCACAGAUUCGGAGGGCGAAGGCGUUGAUGGGUAUUGGAAGUCCACCCGCAAUAUCGAGGAGCUGAUCAGAGACCUGGCUGUGAGCAUCAGAACAUCGGCUCCGCAGGGUAAGGUCUCGCCGGUGGAGAGAGUUUUCCGCCGCAUGGUUCAUGCUGCCGGCUUUGUGAUGGUGUUCGUCGCUGGAGUCCUAUCUGCAGCCUUUCACCCUUCCCUGGGGGCGGUCGCACGCGUCCACGUCCCAGAGGAGUUCCCUUGGGGCGACUCUUUCCGCACGAUCGAGUCAGCGGUCAUCGCGGAGUUGGAACAUAAUCAGGAGAAAGACGGGAAGACCUGCGCCUUAAAGGAGCUUGAUGACGCGGAGGCGCGCGCUAGGUGCCUGCUCGAGGCGAUUGAUGAGGUUGCAGCAUCAGGAGGCAGCGGAGAGAUGGUUGGGAGGCUGAGGGAGAUGGUGACUGGGUUGGAGAUGGCGACCGGGGUGAUGUUGGAGGGGCUCGAGCGGCUGAGGGAGGCGGUGAAGGGGCUAUUCCAAACGGUCAUGGGGAUAAGGGAGGAGAUGAUGGAUAAGCUGUCGCCGGAGACGCCAUUGGAGGUGUUCUUUACGAUCCAAAACAACAAAGUGACGGUGAUAUCCGAGAUUUGA